UGAAUUGAGCUCUAAAAGAACACUGACAACUUCUCUGAAGUACGUCGCUGUCAACAAACAGACUAUUUUCACCCAGUAAGAGCAACAUGCACUGAUUGGAUACUGCAGCUUUUAAUCGGGGAAACUUUGCGGAUUGAUUUAAAGUGUGUGGUUUGAAGAGGGGUUGACGGGAAAUAUUUGAGUUAGAUCUCAUUACGUUUGUAGCUCAGCAGUUAGCUGAGUUAGCUAGAGAGCUAAUUGAAGUCUCCAAGUUUAAACUUCCCAGGUUUCCUGUCAUGGCUGACAGCAGCAUGGUGACUUUAGGGACAGCCAGGAGUCUGCUGGUGGAUACUUCGGUCUAUGAUUCCAGGAUUGUUGAAACCACUAAGGACCAGGCGUUCCUGAGCAUGGCCUGUGAAGAUGGGGAAGAUAUGCUGCCCAAAGUGGAGACACGAGUUGUUCUGGUGGGAGAAGCAGGCAGAAAUGGAGCUCUGGUCAAUGCUCUGCAGGCAAUCAGAGUAAUGGAGGUACCUGUGGUAAAGAUAAGAGAAGGCGAGGCGGGUUCCAAGGAGAAAAUGAUGAUAAAAUCUAUAGUCACUAUGGGCAUCAACACCCCAUUCAUAAAGACGGAUAACGUCCAGGAGUUUGAAGAUGGAGACAACACAGACUUUGAGACGGUGUUUGUCCUCACGGACUUUAAUUCCCCUGACUACACGUACCUGUACGAACAUGAUAACCGCAUCGUUGGGCCUCCUGUCGUGCUGCAAUGUGCUGCAACGGAAGAGCCACUCCAUUUUUCAUGCCGUCCUCUCUACUGCACCGCCAUGCUUAACCUGUCGCUGUGUUUCACUGGCUUCAAGAACAAAGUAGAAAUGAAAAACCUGGUGAAUUUGGUUCAUCAUAUGGGCGGAGCCAUCCGGAAAGACUUCAGCAGCAAGGUUACUCAUCUUGUUGCAUGUUCCACUCAUGGAGAGAAAUACAGGCUGGCGGUGUGUAUGGGGACUCCCAUUCUCUCUCCAUCUUGGAUUCUGAACGCAUGGGAGAGGAGAGACAAUGUGCAUUUUCAUGCCAAUGAUGAGGAGUUCCGGACAGAGUUCAAAGUUCCUCCCUUCCAGAACUGCAUCCUCAGUUUUUUGGGUUUCUCCGAAGAAGAGAAGGCCAACAUGGAGGAGAGGACGCUUAAACAUGGUGGUCGACACGUGGAGGUUGGAGAUGAUCAGUGUACACACAUGGUGGUGGAGGAGAACUCUGUGAAGGACCUGCCAGUAUCUCCCUCCAAGAAACUCUUUGUGGUUAAACAGGAGUGGUUCUGGGGGAGCAUUCAGAUGGAUGCUCGAGCUGGCGAGUCCAUGUACCUGUAUGAAAAGAAUGACAGCCCUGCCAUGAAGAAAGCUGUGUCCCUGCUGUCCCUCACCACCCCAAACAGCAACCGCAAGCGCCGCCGUCUGAGAGACACCCUUGCUCAGCUCACCAAGGAAACCGAAAUCUCCCCCUUCCCGCCACCACGCAAAAGACCAUCAGCAGAGCAUUCCCUGUCCAUUGGCUCUCUCCUCGACAUCUCCAAUACCCCUGAAAGCUGCAAGGCCUUAGCAGAAGAAAGGGUAGGAGACAAUACUGUGACCAGGGAUAGGAUAAGAAGAAGGAAAACCAGAGAAAGGAGAACUAGGUCAGACAGGGAAGAGAGGAGAAAAAGGUCCCAGCUGAAUACAGGUACCUGUCAGCAAACACCUGAAGAGCAGCAGCAAGGAGCAUCUGAAGAGUGUUCCAAACCUUCCAAGAGUUCAACUCCAGUUGUUUCCAAGCAGUCAGCCAGGUGGCAGGUCUCUAAGGAGCUCUAUCAGACCGAAAGCAACUAUGUAGAGAUUUUAAACACCAUUCUACAGCUUUUCAAGCAUCCUCUAGAAAAAGAGAGUCAAGUAGGGGGACCCAUCUUGGCCCAGGAAGAAAUCAAGACCAUUUUUGGCAGUAUCCCAGAAAUCUAUGAGGUUCACACCAGAAUAAAGAAUGACCUGGAGGAGCUCCUCACAGACUGGUCAGAAAGCAAAAGUGUUGGAAACAUCAUUCUCAAAUAUUCCAAAGAGUUGGUAAAGGCUUAUCCUCCUUUUGUCAACUUCUUUGAGAUGAGCAAAGAGACCAUUGUUCGAUGUGAAAAACAGAAGCCACGCUUCCAUGCAUUUCUGAAGAUCAACCAGGCCAAGCCAGAGUGCGGCAGACAGACACUCGCAGAGCUGCUCAUCAGACCAGUGCAGAGACUACCAAGCGUGGCUCUCCUCCUUAAUGACAUAAAGAAACACACGUCAGAUGACAACCCUGACAAGAUAACACUGGAAAGAGCAAUCGAGUCCCUAAAGGAAGUGAUGACUCACAUCAAUGAGGACAAGAGGAAGACUGAAGGCCAGAAGCAAAUCUUUGAUGUUGUCUAUGAAGUUGAUGGAUGCCCUGCUAACCUCCUGUCUUCCCAUCGCAUUCUGGUGCACCGAGUGGAAACAGUCGCUCUGGGAGACGAGCCAUGUGACCGUGGAGAACACGUCACACUCUUCCUCUUUAACGAUUGCCUAGAGAUUGCCAGGAAGCGUCACAAGGUAAUCAACACGUUUAAAAGUCCGCUGGGACAGACGAGGCCUCCUCCCCCGCUGAAACAUAUAGCUCUGAUGCCGCUGUCGCAGAUUCGCAGAGUGCUGGAUCUGCAGGACACUGAAGACUGUGUAAAUGCAUUUGCCUUGGUGGUUCGCCCUCCCACUGAACAGGAAAACUUGUUGUUCAGCUUCCAAUUGCCUGGAGAGGAAAUGGUUAAAAGUGACUGGCUGCGUACACUGUGUCGUCAUGUUGCCAACACCAUCUGCAAAGCUGAUGCGGAGGAUCUUAUUCAGUGCACAGACCCAGACUCACUGCAGGUCAGCACAAAAGAUAUGGACAGCACACUGAGCAAAGCAUCCAGAGCCAUUAAGAAGACCUCCAAAAAGGUAACAAGGGCGUUUUCUUUUACUAAGACCCCCAAGCGUGCGAUCCAAAGGGCUUUCUUGGCCAACACCACUCCGGAUGAGAAAAGCCAGCGAUGGAGCUGUGAAAACCGGGUCUGUAGCAGCUCGACACUGGCUAUGCCUCGUUCUGCUUCCACUUUCAGCCUGAAUGAAUCUACCAAAAACAGCGUUGUGGUUCUGCGCUCUAAUUCUCUGGAUCACCCCCCUAUCAAAACCAGAAUCCCUGUGUGUAUCCGUACCCCCUGUACCCCAGACAAAAGACCAUCCACCCAUAUCGUAUCAGAAUCCACCAUAGGUCCUGACCUCAAAUACAACUCUGUUAUCCAAGAAUACAAAUCCACCUCUCAGGCUGUACCAAUGAUUCAAUCCAGUCUGCAGAAACCCACAUUACCACAAGAUGUUCAUAGCUCUACUCAGUUUAAAAAUAUCCAACUGAAGUCUGGCCAGGAUUUCUCCAGACCUCUUACUUCAGGAGGUUUUCAGCCAAGAGCUCUUGCUCCUCAAAGUGUUGACAUAAAAACCAGGACCUUUUCUGAGUCAUGCAGGGAUCCUGAAGUGGAGCCACGCAAUGAUGUCCUGACCAGUCCUCGCAGAGAGACUCUGAUCUAAACCAUCGCAGAGUUCAGUGCUGGAGUCCCAUGCACAACAUUCCCCCUCCAUGGUCAAUCUGCCAUCCAUGUUUGAGAGGAAGUAUCACACAUUUACCCGGUCAACUACCCACCUCUUCUGACGUUUUUCUUGGUUUUGAACCAACUUCUACCAGCAAGAUAAACUCAGAGAAGUGUGUGUGUAUGGGUGUGUGUGUGGUUAAAUCAGCACAGUUGCAGGGCCAACUUUUUCAUGCUGAAGCUCUGAAUGGUCUUUCCACAUGUAGGAAGCUGUAUUUGACAGUAUUUUGGAGAUAAAACUUGCAGUAAGGACAUACUGAUAUUUGCCAGUAUCAGAAUUGUCAUGUUCUCAGUUUUCCCAUUAGCAGAACAGGAUGAAAACAAUAAAUCAACUGUUCUGAAUCCUGAUGCAGGUUAUUGAUGUUGCUUGUAUUAGUAACUUCUAGCUGGAAUGGAACUUUGUCAUACUGGGGGCUGCAGGAGAGGGACAGCAAAGACUGGAAAGGUUCCUGGCAGAAUAAAAAAAAUGAAGGAGACUCUUUUUGUUACUUUUUGCUGAUGUCCUACAUUAAGUUGGACUACUUCUGUUUAUCUGAUGGGUCAUUUUUCCCAUUCCUGACAUUUGCUUUUAUAGUGACAUGCUGACAUUAAAUGUACAGCAGGAGUACAUAUUUGUUCAUGACCUUUCACAGGAUGUCUCUGGAAUCUGGAAUAUUGAUUUGUUAAUGUAAUGUUGAUUUCAAAGAUGAUGCUUUUCUAUUUAACCAAUUAAUGUUCAACUCUUCCUGAAAUGACAAAGUUUAGUCAAUUUUUCUCUUGCCAAUUUUUUUUGGACAAACUUUUAUAUUAACAGACACCUUCUUAUUUUUAGUGGGGAAGAGGUGGUUUUACGUUUAACUACAGUUGUUUUAUUUGGCCUAUCCUGAUGUAAACUUAAUAUAGUUUACAGCUUUUAUAAAGCUAUUUUAACACUCGAGAUUGGGAAGAAUAAAGCCUUCUUUAAUGUAUGCCUUCUUUAAUGAAUGCACAUUAUCAUCUGCAGUGUGUAGGGGUGUUAUAUCAGUGUACAUAUUUUUUAUGAAUAGUUAGACUGUGGACGAUCUUUUGAUGCUAUUUAUGUUCAUUCCUAUUUGUCUGUCAUUUUGUAUUACUGUUUAUUUUGUCACUAGUUGUUUUAUCUCCAUAUUAAAUGCACUUAAACAUG